AUGAAUACAUUUUCACAUGUACCACCGGCUUUCAGAUUCCACCCCACAGAUGAGGAACUUCUGGAUUACUACCUUAGAAAAAAUAUUGCUUCUAAAAGAAUAGAUCUCGAUGUCAUCAAAGAUGUUGAUCUUGACAAGAUUGAGCCAUGGGAUCUUCAUGAAUUGUGUAAAAUAGGAAGUGAAGAGCGAAAUGAAUGGUACUUUUUUAGCCACAAAGAUAAGAAAUACCCAACGGGAACACGCACAAAUAGAGCAACGAAGGCAGGUUUCUGGAAAGCAACAGGAAGAGACAAGGCCAUAUAUUCUAGGCAUAGCCUGAUUGGGAUGAGAAAGACUUUGUUUUUCUAUAAAGGCCGAGCCCCUAAUGGUCAGAAGUUUGACUGGAUCAUGCACAGUGGUAUCUCAACAAAUAAAAGGGUGCAGAGUGGUAUCUCAACUCAACUUAGAACACUUCCACUACAUGCACAAAUAAAAGGGUGCAGAGUGGUAUCCAGAUAG